AGAAAGAUAUUUGGUUAAUGUUGACACGGGCGUGCAUAACCGGGUAUCCGCAAGGCAUCAAGGAGGAGCGCUCCAUUUGAUUACACAGAAGUUAAAUAAUGCCCGGAGCACUUCACACGCCCUCAACAAACUGGGGAGAGGAACUUGGGUUUUCGGCGCAGCUGCACAUCAGUGAGAGUGGGGGAGAGGAGAGGCAGCCGAGCCAACAACUUCCAUAUUUGUUGCUCUCCUUCAACGAUUCUGCAAAUUCGGUUAUUGAUCCCCCAUCUCUCCCCUUCUCUCUCUAGUGGUUAUUAUGUAAUUAUUCAACGGUUGCCUCCGCAGCUGGAGCCGCAGCUUGUGUUAUGCUGGUAGCACACUUGUGCAUUUGUGUGUGUCUGUGGUGAGCGCGCGCGUGUGUGUGUGAUUUUAUGUCCUUUCGCGCUUCAGCUGCGAACACAGAGCACAGUUGUCGGUGUGGACUCGGCCCAUACAGUCAUUGGUCUCCGAAGAGGAUCACAGUUGCGCUUUUCUUGAAGAGCUCGAGCUCUAGGAGUGAAAAAGAAGCGGGAGGCGCGAGCUGAGCUUCCGGGUGUUGUUUGGCUAGAGAAAGCGCUCGAGAAUGUCCUUGUAUGACUGGAGCCAAGUCUUUUCCCGUGUUUGGAGCACGGAAUUACUCCCGUUCUGAACUUGUUCCUGGUUCGUUUCCACCCUUUUGCCAAGGGGAGAAUUUUCUGGAUACUUUUGUGUGCAGAGAGGAUUGUUUUAUAUUAGAAAGAGAAAGGAAAGCUUUAUUUUUCAAACAAGUCACUUUUACGCAGAGAUGUCUUCUCGCCGCGCUGUGGUUUUGUGAUCGCCCACCAGAGCGUCGAGAGCUCUUCACCGGGACCGAGUCUCACACAGUGGGUCACCAUGGCAACGGGAGUGGCGGCGUGGUUACCCUUCGCCCGGGCGGCUGCUAUAGGAUGGAUGCCGGUAGCCAGUGCGCCCAUGCCGACGCCCCCGCCGGACAACCGGCGGAAGCAGGACGGGCUCAUCUUGCUCAAUGUCAGUGGACAGAAGUUUCAGACGUGGCGGAAUACAUUGGAGCGGUACCCGGACACUUUACUGGGCAGCACGGAACGGGAAUUCUUCUUCCACGAGGAGACAAACGAAUACUUUUUCGACCGUGACCCGGAUAUUUUCAGACACAUUCUGAACUUCUACCGUACCGGGAAGCUGCACUACCCGCGCCAGGAGUGCAUCUCAGCCUACGAUGAGGAGCUGGCCUUCUUUGGGAUCAUACCGGAGAUCAUAGGGGACUGUUGCUAUGAAGAGUACAAGGACCGGCGGCGGGAGAACCAGGAAAGGAUCCAGGAUGACGAGGACAGCGAGAACCAGAACGAUAUGGUCCCGCCGGAUAUGACAUUCCGAGAAACCAUGUGGCGGGCCUUCGAGAACCCCCACACGAGCACCAUGGCCCUGGUGUUUUAUUAUGUCACCGGCUUCUUCAUUGCUGUUUCCGUGAUGGCCAACGUGGUGGAGACGGUCCCUUGCGGGACUUUGCCAAAUCGGGUCAAACAGGUGUCGUGCGGGGAGCGGUACGCCUUGGCAUUUUUCUGUCUGGAUACGGCCUGCGUGAUGAUCUUCACCGUGGAGUACCUGCUGCGUCUAAUGGCGGCGCCCAGCCGCUGGAACUUCAUCAAGAGCGUGAUGAGCGUCAUCGAUGUGGUGGCCAUUAUGCCCUAUUACAUCGGCCUGGUCAUGACGGACAACGAGGACGUCAGCGGGGCCUUCGUCACCCUGAGGGUCUUCCGCGUUUUCAGGAUUUUCAAAUUCUCCCGCCACUCUGCGGGGCUGCGCAUCCUGGGCUACACGCUGAAGAGCUGCGCCUCGGAGCUGGGCUUCCUGCUCUUCUCCCUCACCAUGGCCAUCAUCAUCUUCGCCACUGUCAUGUUCUAUGCUGAGAAGGGCUCCUCAGCCAGCAAGUUCACCAGCAUCCCAGCAGCCUUCUGGUACACCAUCGUCACCAUGACAACUCUGGGAUAUGGAGAUAUGGUUCCUAAAACCAUUGUAGGGAAGAUCGUUGGUUCUGUCUGUUCCCUGAGCGGUGUGUUGGUCAUCGCUCUGCCCGUGCCCGUCAUCGUGUCCAACUUCAGCCGCAUUUACCACCAGAGCCAGCGGGCAGACAAGAGACGCGCCCAAAAGGCAUCAAAGGCAGCAGGCCAGGCGCUGGUGUGCAAAGCCAACCCCAUGUUCGAUACGCACCACAAUCACCUAUUGCACUGCCUGGAAAAGACCACGAAUCAUGAGUUUGUGGAUGAGCAAACGUUUGAGACCAGCCUACUGGAGGUUUCCAUGGCGAAGCACCCGCAUCUCUCCCCCUCCCUCUCCUCUGGCUCCUCCUCCCAAGGCCUGUCGUGCUGCUCGCGACGCAACAAGAGGAAGAGCUUCAACGUGCCCAACUCCAACAUGACUGGUGGGCAUAGGAACAGCAUCCAGGAGCUUAGCACCAUCCACAUCAGAGAGAGACCCAUCACUAACAGUCGCUCCAGUCUAAACGCUAAGUUUGAGGAGACGGUGCCUCUGAACUGCAAGCAACCCUACAUCACGGCGGCCGUCAUCACGCUGCCUAUGCCGCCCGUCACCACGUCCGAGGACGACGGCUCCGCCUCCUCCCCAGACUACUCCCAGGCCAACAUUGUCAGGGUGUCUGCCCUCUAGGCCCCUUGCCCCACCCCCCACCAUCACCAUCAUGGUAAUCCUAAAACGGAGAGAGAGAGAGAGAAAGAGAUAGAUAGAGAAGCGAGACCCUUCCCAGCUCCAAUCAGAGAAGGGCGUUUGCAGGAGGGAAAGGGGUAAGGGGAGAUGUGGUGGUUUAGUGGGCUGCAGGAGCCUUUUGGUUUUCCUACACGGAGCUACUACACGUCUGCUCUUGUGGUGAAAUCACAUUGCAGUGUAAAGCUGCAGCACAAAGCCCCGCCUUGGAUUUGUUGGUGGGGGAGAGACUGUGUUGCCGUGGCGACUGAGAUUAGCGCCUAGCAACGGACACACGAAUGGAGAGCAUUUAGUCACCUGGCUAACUAACUAACUGCAGCUACUCCCUCCAAACACUCUUCAAGAGAAAACUUACCAUUACUAUUUUUUUCUAUAUUGUGUGUCUUUAAAUGUGAUGUCUUAAAACUGAAAUGGGGGAGGUGGAAUUUGUUUUGGUUUUUAUUGUUUGUUAAGGCAGUGAUUUUGACUAGAGGAGAUGUAUAUUUGUAUGUUCUGAAAUGUGUGGAGUAGGAGAGAAAAGAAAAAGACAUUUAAAAUAUUUAGACAAAAAGGAGAGCAAGGGGUGUAUGCACUGUGUGUGCAUAUGUCUGUGUACAUAUGUUCCUACCUUAUCAGAACCAGAAUGUCUGGACAAGUCACCAAAAUGUCCCGACAAGGUUGGAAAUGAGUUAAAAUACCAUUUUAAGCUUAAGGGUUACGUUUAUGGUUUGGGUUAGGUUUAGGGUUAAGUGUAAGGUUAGGAGUUAAGGUUUAGGGUUAAAGGUUUGGGCUUAAGGUUAAGGUUAGGUUAAGGGCAGAGUAUGUGAGUGGAGUGGAGGAGUGGCCAAUUAGACUGAAGCUCAGAGCGAGAUUCCCAAAGGCUGGAGCAUCAACCUUCUCGCCCGCUUCGAUUUCGCUCCAGUAGCGCUCACUUCACGAGCUCAGGGCAUGCCCGGACAAGCAUGCAUUUUUAUUCAAGCCCCUUACUUUAACUACUGUCAUGGAGUUCGUUCAAUAUUUUCUUAAAGAAACUGAUAAAACACACAGGUGCUAAAUCAUCUUACAAAGAUGAGGACCAAGAGCAAGAGAGGGAGUGAAGUGAUGUAACUAAAGAAUCAUUGUGGAAUCUGAAAAGACACAUAUCCCAAAAGCAUGAUGGUGUACUUACUACAUGCACAUGCUAACAGAAAGGAACGAGGUGGGUAGCUGAUUAAAGUGUGUCAUUGUAGAAAAGUAUUUAUCAACAAAAAAUCAGAUCUCUUAAACGUUUCCUUCAUUUGUGCUCUAUUAUCUAUACAACACAAUUGAUUUGUCCCAAUAGGCCUGCCAUAUUCCAACUUUCAAGGAGCUUUCUGUUUUGAUUGGCAUUUUUCAUUGAAUUUGUAUUUAAUUCUAAGUAAGGCACAGCCGAUAUGUGCAAUUUAUACACUAUAAUGAUUUAAUAAAACAAAAUAUUGUUUAAAUGCUGAGCGCUUAAUGUCCCUGACUCCCUACCAGCCUAGUGUGUAGCACUCGCUAAGGCUUCACAAUGCAUUUCUUUGUAGGCUAUAGCCUUGAAAUGAUUGAAAUAAUAUAGCAUAAGUAAUUCAUUUCCAUUCCUUCUUAGGCUCCAUGUCUGGCUCCUGACCUAUUUAGAAUAUGUACCAGUGUUGUACUCGGGUCUCGAGUUCAUCGGUCUUGGAUACAUUUGUACUCGGCCUUGACUUGUUCUAGGACAGUGAGGACUCAUAAUUUCUUCCUGAGACCAGCGGAGUAAAAAAACUCAUAAUUAUCAGCUUCCAUUCAGUCAGCACAUAGAACCGCUUCACCAGGGCAAAUAUAUACCCUCCUUUCUGGAAACAUUAAGACAGUCUUUAUAUCUAUUAUAGACAUGUUUCUACAGGGGUGAACCUAUAGGUCUUCAGUGUGUGACAGGUUAGUACAGUGGUGAACCUAUAGGUCUUCAGUGUG